CUUCGACCGGCUAUUAGAGCUCACAGAUUCGGACCUCGCAAAUGAAUUCGUCGCCUCGCUGUUCUGCGCGUCCGGCUCGCACCUCAUAUCUGCACUAGGAAUGAAUGCGCCUUGAACGCUACGUUGGCUCUCCCCCACGACGUCGCGACUGAUUCGAGCAUCCCUGCUGCCAUUUGCCGCCGCAGCAAUGGGCAAGAAAAGUAAAGGCGGCUUCUACGCGGUCAGACAAGGGCGCAACGUUGGCAUCUUUACUACGUGGGAUGAAUGCAGAGCAAGCGUCGACGGCUUCUCCCAAGCACAAUUCAAACGCUUUGACACACGCCAUCAAGCGGAGGCUUUCAUCGGCUCAAUUCCAGUUUCCAACAGCGAUCAGUGUGAUGCGGCACCAGUGGCUUCCACUUCUUAUGGCUCCGUAUUUCCUCCGCGAUCAACCACAGACGGUUCUGGAGUGCCGCCUCCGGAAGCCGCAGGAUGUAACAGAGACUGGUACAUGCGGGAGGUGGCACCUGAUCCAGAGCGAGCUGCAAAUGGACCAGCUAGGGCAUACCAGAUCGUCGCUCUUCCUUCCUCAAAGGCACCAAAGAUACCACUGAGAGAUGACGAAGGUAGACGUCAUCAUGCAUCCAGCACAUUCGCCCCACCGAAAGCUCCAACCGUGCCUUCUCGAACGGCACCUUCACACAGUGCUCUUGGCAAGCGACCUGAGCCCUCUUCAGAGACUUUCGAGCCGCCAGCAUCGAAGCGUGAGCACAGAGCGUCACACGGCCCGCGCCGGUCACUAGACGUCUGGUGUGACGGCUCCUCGCUCGGCAACGGCAAAGUCGGAUCUCGAGCUGGCUGGGGUGUCUACUUUGGGCCGCCGGGGACAGAAUACUCAGACCUGAAUGAGAGUUGCAGACUCCCCGGCAAGGUGCAAACAAAUAAUAGGGCAGAGCUGAUGGCAAUCAUUCGAGCCUGUGAGCUGUGCCAAGACACUAGUAUUAACCUGCAAAUUCACACAGACUCACAGUAUUCCAUGAAAGCAAUCAAUGUGUGGCAGCAAAAAUGGCGCGAGAAAGGCUGGAAGCUCGCAAGCGGUGGAAACGUUCAGAACCGCGAUCUGAUAGAGCGGAUCGAAGAGCUUUUCAGACAGCGCGACACGCGACCGAAGCUCAUCUACGUUCCGGGGCAUUCGGGCGAUCCAGGUAACGAGGCUGCUGAUAAACUUGCAAAAGCUGGUGCCUUGCGAACCCAGGUCAAAGUGGAGCAGAAAUAGCAGAGGCGCGGCUCAGUGUGAUCCAUCACAUACGGCCCAGGUAACGAUGCAAACCUUGAAAUAUUCUUUCGGAUUGAAUCUGCAGUGCUGUAACCGCAUUGUGCGAGCUUUUUGUGCUUUUCCAUGUACGAGGUAU